AUGGACCGAGGAAAUUGCUCCUCAUUGACUGAAUUCAUAUUGGUGGGAAUUACUAAUAACCCUAGGAUGAAAGUAACACUAUUUAUCUUGUUUCUACAUAUUUAUGUCAAUAAUCUUCUGGGAAAUCUUGGAAUGAUCAUCUUAAUUAGAAUGGACUUCCAGCUUCACAUACCAAUGUACUUUUUCCUCAGUCACCGGUCUUUCUGUGACCUCUGCUAUUCCACAGCAGUUGGACCCAAGAUGCUGGUUGAUAUAUUUGGCAAAGACAAGUCAAUCCCUUUUUUUGGUUGUGCUCUUCAGUUCUUCAUUGCCUGCACCUUUGUAGACUCUGAGUGCAUAUUACUGGUGGUGAUGGCCUUGGAUUGCUACAAGGCCAUCAGCAGGCCCCUGCUGUACACAGCUCACAUGUCCAGCAGGCUGUGCUCCCUGCUGGUGGCUGGGGUUUACCUGGUGGGACUGGCAGAUGCUCUGAUACACACCACACUGACAUUCCGCCUGUGUUUCUGUGGGUCUAAUGAGAUUGAUCAUUUCUUCUGCGAUAUCCCACCCAUUUUAUUACUGUCUUGCUCAGAGACCCAGAUCAAUGAGUUAGCCAUAUUUACCAUUUUUGGAUUCAUUGAACUGAGCACCAUUUUGGGAGUUCUUGUCUCCUAUUCCUAUAUCAUCUUAUCUAUCUUAAAGAUACACUCUGCUGAGGGGAGGUUUAAAGCUUUCUCCACCUGCACUUCCCAUUUAACUGCAGUUGCAAUUUUCCAGGGAACUGUGCUCUUCAUGUACUUCCGGCCAAGUACAUCUUAUUCCUUAGAGCAAGACAAAAUGACCUCAUUGUUUUAUACCCUGGCAAUUUCCUCAGCCACAGAUGCAGACAGCUCAGUGUUCAGGCUUGACUGCCACACCUCGUCACCUCUGGACCCAUGA